AUGGCCCGAGAGCCAGAGGAAGAGGAGGCGGCAGGGGCGGCCGCCCUGGCCCGCGGGGGUCGGGGCUCGCUCGGACGGAUCGGGGCGCGGCGGCCGCCCCUCUGGCUGCUCUGCCUGGUCGUGGGCUGGCUACUGGGGGCCGGGGCAGACGCCGAAUUCUCUAUUCUGGACGAGGCGCAAGUGCUGGCGAGCCAGAUGCGGAGGCUGGCAGCGGAAGAGCUGGGGGUCGUCACCAUGCAGCGGAUAUUCAACUCCUUUGUUUACACUGAGAAAAUCUCAAAUGGAGAAAGUGAAGUGCAGCAGCUAGCCAAAAAAAUCCGAGAGAAGUUCAACCGUUACUUGGAUGUGGUCAACCGGAAUAAGCAAGUUGUAGAAGCAUCCUACACAGCUCACCUGACCUCUCCCCUAACUGCGAUUCAAGACUGCUGUACUAUCCCACCUUCCAUGAUGGAAUUUGAUGGGAACUUUAACACCAAUGUAUCUAGAACAAUUAGUUGUGAUCGACUAUCUACUACUGUUAAUAGCCGGGCCUUCAAUCCAGGACGAGACUUAAAUUCAGUUCUUGCAGACAACCUGAAAUCCAACCCUGGAAUUAAGUGGCAGUAUUUCAGUUCGGAAGAAGGAAUUUUCACUGUUUUCCCAGCACACAAGUUCCGGUGUAAGGGCAGCUAUGAGCAUCGCAGUAGACCUAUAUACGUCUCUACUGUCCGGCCGCAGUCAAAGCACGUAGUAGUGAUCCUGGACCACGGGGCCUCCGUCACAGACACGCAGCUUCAGAUCGCCAAGGAUGCUGCUCAAGUCAUCCUCAGCGCCAUUGAUGAACACGACAAGAUUUCCGUGUUGACGGUGGCAGACACCGUCAGGACCUGCUCCCUUGACCAGUGCUAUAAGACGUUCCUGUCUCCAGCCACCAGUGAGACAAAAAGGAAAAUGUCCACCUUCGUCAGCAGCGUCAAGUCCUUGGACAGCCCUACCCAGCACGCGGUGGGAUUUCAAAAGGCAUUUCAGCUGAUUCGAAGCACCAACAAUAGCACCAAAUUCCAAGCAAAUACAGACAUGGUCAUCAUUUACCUGUCCGCUGGCAUUACAUCAAAGGACUCUUCAGAAGAAGAUAAAAAGGCAACUCUCCGUGUCAUCAAUGAAGAAAAUAGCUUUCUAAACAACUCUGUAAUGAUUCUCACCUACGCCCUCAUGAACGAUGGGGUGACUGGCUUGAAAGAACUGGCUUUUCUAAGAGAUCUGGCUGAACAGAACUCAGGGAAGUAUGGCGUGCUGGACCGGAUAGCCUUGCCUGUGAUUAAGGGCAGCAUGAUGGUGCUGAACCAGCUGAGUAACCUGGAGACCACAGUUGGCAGGUUCUAUACCAACCUUCCCAACCGGAUGAUUGAUGAAGCUGUCUUUAGCCUCCCCUUCUCUGAUGAGAUGGGAGAUGGUUUGAUAAUGACUGUAAGUAAACCCUGUUAUUUUGGAAACCUCCUUCUGGGAAUUGUAGGUGUGGACGUGAACCUGGCUUACAUCCUUGAAGACGUGACGUAUUACCAAGACUCCUUGGCUUCCUAUACUUUCCUCAUAGAUGACAAAGGGUAUACCCUUAUGCAUCCAUCUCUUACCAGGCCAUAUUUACUCUCAGAACCCCCCCUUCACACUGACAUCAUUCAUUAUGAAAAUAUCCCCAAAUUUGAGCUGGUUCGGCAAAAUAUCCUAAGCCUCCCUCUGGGCAGCCAGAUUAUCGCAGUCCCUGUGAACUCAUCUCUGUCCUGGCACAUAAACAAGCUGAGGGAAACUGGAAAGGAGGCCUACAAUGUUAGCUAUGCCUGGAAGAUGGUCCAAGAUACUUCCUUCAUUCUCUGUAUUGUGGUGAUACAACCAGAAAUACCUGUCAAGCAACUGAAGAACCUCAAUACUGUCCCCAGCAGCAAGCUGCUGUACCACCGGUUGGACCUCCUGGGCCAGCCUAGUGCUUGCCUCCACUUCAAACAGCUGGCCACUCUCGAAAGUCCAACCGUCAUGCUGUCUGCUGGCAGCUUCUCCUCCCCCUACGAGCACCUCAGCCAGCCAGAGACAAAACGCAUGGUGGAGCACUACACAGCCUAUCUCAGCGACAACACCCGCCUCAUUGCCAACCCGGGGCUCAAAUUCUCUGUCAGAAAUGAAGUAAUGGCUACCAGCCACGUCACAGAUGAAUGGAUGACACAAAUGGAAAUGAGUAGCCUGAACACUUACAUUGUCCGCCGUUACAUAGCAACACCCAAUGGCGUCCUCAGAAUUUAUCCUGGCUCCCUCAUGGACAAAGCAUUUGAUCCCACUAGGAGACAAUGGUAUCUCCAUGCAGUAGCUAACCCAGGUUUGAUUUCCUUAACUGGCCCUUACUUAGACGUUGGAGGAGCUGGCUAUGUAGUGACUAUCAGUCAUACAAUUCAUUCAUCCAGUACACAGCUGUCUUCCGGGCACACUGUGGCUGUGAUGGGCAUUGAUUUCACGCUUAGAUACUUCUACAAGGUUCUGAUGGACUUGUUACCAGUUUGUAACCAAGAUGGAGGCAAUAAAAUAAGGUGCUUCAUCAUGGAGGACAGGGGCUAUCUGGUCGCACAUCCAACCCUCAUCGACCCCAAAGGACACGCGCCCGUGGAGCAGCAGCACAUCACCCACAAGGAGCCCCUGGUAGCGAAUGACAUCCUGAACCACCCCAACUUUGUCAAGAAGAACCUAUGCAACAGCUUCAGUGACCGAACGGUCCAGAGGUUUUACAAAUUCAACACGAGCCUUGUGGGGGAUUUGACAAACCUUGUGCACGGCAGUCACUGUUCUAAAUACAGACUGGCGAGGAUCCCAGGAACCAAUGCAUUUGUGGGCAUUGUCAACGAAACAUGCGACUCUCUUGCCUUCUGUGCUUGUAGCAUGGUAGACCGCCUCUGUCUCAACUGUCAUCGAAUGGAACAAAAUGAAUGUGAAUGUCCUUGUGAGUGCCCUCUAGAGGUCAACGAGUGUACUGGCAACCUCACCAAUGCAGAGAACAGAAACCCAAGCUGUGAGGUACACCAGGAGCCAGUGACGUACACAGCUAUUGACCCUGGCCUGCAGGAUGCUCUUCACCAGUGUGUCAACAGCAGAUGCAGUCAGAGGACGGAGAGUGGGGACUGCUUCGGUGUGCUGGAUUGUGAAUGGUGCAUGGUGGACAGCGAUGGGAAGACCCACCUGGACAAAUCCUACUGUGCACCCCAGAAAGAAUGCUUUGGGGGGAUCGUUGGAGCCAAAAGUCCCUAUGUUGAUGACAUGGGAGCAAUAGGUGAUGAAGUGGUCACAUUGAACAUGAUCAAAAGUGCCCCCGUGGGCCCGGUGGCUGGCGGCAUUAUGGGCUGCAUCAUGGUCCUAGUCCUGGCUGUGUACGCAUACCGCCAUCAGAUUCACCGCCGGAGUCAUCAGCAUAUGUCUCCUCUUGCUGCCCAAGAGAUGUCGGUGCGCAUGUCCAACCUGGAGAACGACAGAGAUGAAAGGGACGACGACGGCCCCGAGGACAGAGGCAUCAUCAGCAAUACUCGAUUUAUAGCUGCAGUCAUCGAGCGUCAUGCACACAGUCCAGAAAGGAGGCGUCGCUACUGGGGUCGCUCAGGAACAGAAAGUGAUCAUGGCUACAGCACCAUGAGCCCACAGGAAGACAGUGAAAACCCUCCGUGCACCAGUGACCCCUUGUCGGCCGGGGUGGACGUGGGGAACCACGACGAGGACUUGGAGCUGGACACCCCGCCCCAGACCGCCGCCCUCCUGAGCCACAAGUUCCACCAGUACCGCCUGCACCACCCGACGCUGCAUCACAGCCACCACCUGCAGGCGGCCGUGACGGUACACACUGUCGACGCGGAAUGCUAGCCCCCUCGCCUCCAUCCGGAGGCCGGAUCUGGGAGCUGCAGAAUGUUCUGGAGGGAAGGAGAGCCAGCGUCAAAUCCAUUUGUAUCCGUGCUUUGUCCGGAGUCAUUGAACUCAUCUUCCUGCCUGUUAACAGGUUUCCUAACAAGUGAAACAGCCGCAACAAGAAGCGAGGCUGGUUGUGAAAUGGAGGGAAAAGAAGUCUGAUUAAUGAACCUGCCAUAACACCAACGGAAUGAACAGACGCAAACCUCUACACAGAGCUGGAACCUAUAAAUGAAACAUUGGGAACCUUGGUUAAGCUGAGCCAGAGGAAUGUUCCGAGGAGCCAGAAACAUUCUGCUCUCCUUAACUGGAAGAAAAGAGAGGUCUGCUCCUCUGGAGACUGAGAAUGUGGCAGAGGCAGAGAGAAGUGUGUCUUUGAAGAUUUCACCUGGUUUCUUAGCGGUACCUAGAUGCCACACUUGCUGUACGGAACUCAUCCUAAGCUCUAAAUGAUGCAUCUCAAAAUUUCUAAGUAAAGGAUUAUUU